AUGGCCAGCUCUAGGCUGGUGGGUGCUGCAUUCUUGGUUUUGCUCCUUGUGGACCUUACCUUUGCCGCAAGAUCAUCACCAAAGGCCUUAGAUCGUAAGAGUGGUGGUGAUGGAGGAGGAAGAGGCGGUGGUGGUGGUGGUGGUGGAGGAGGAGGACUAGGUGGAGGAGGUGGGCUUGGUUCAGGUUUUGGGUCAGGGUGUGGUUUUGGAUAUGGUGGAGGAGGAGGACUAGGUGGUCAUGGUAUGGGAGAAGGUGGAGGUGGUGGAGGAGGAUCCGGGGGUGGUUCAGGGUUUGGAAGCAUUUUUGGGCAUGGCGAAGGACAUGGAUCAGGUAAUGGGGUCGGACAAGAAGGAGGUGGCGGAGGUGGAGGUGGGCAAGGUGGUGGAGGAGGUGGAGGCUUAGGAAAUGGAAGUGGGUUUGGUCAUGGCGAAGGAUAUGGAAGUGGCGAAGGACAUGGAGGUGGGGAUGGUCAAGGAGGAGGUCAUGGUAGUGGCAGUGGAGGAGGUGGCGGAGGCGGGCAAGGCGGUGGAGGAUGUGGAGGCUUAGGAAAUGGAAGUGGGUUUGGUCAUGGUGAAGGACAUGGAAGUGGCGAAGGACAUGGAGGUGGGGAUGGUCAAGGAGGUCAUGGUAGUGGCAGUGGAGGAGGUGGCGGAGGCGGAGGCGGAGGUGGGCAAGGUGGUGGUAGCGGUUCUGGAAAUGGCUCUGGCUUUGGAUUUGGUGAAGGCUUUGGUGAAGGCUAUGGCAAUGGGGAUGACGAUUUGCCAUGA